CAUGACGAGAUUGUUUCGAUUUUGUGGUUAACAUCGUUUAGAAAGACGAGGCUUAUGAUGGCAAAAUUAGAACAUAAUGGCAUGUCAAGUGAUAGCGACAGUGGGGAUGAUUGGGAAGAAAAUGGUGAGGAUUACCAUGACAUUUUGUGUUUGUUUUGUAUGGAAAGUAUUAACGGAUUUCCCUCUGCAUUGAGCCAUAUUGAGAUCUUUCACAAGUUCGACUUCUGUGAUUUUAUAAAGAAACAUAUUCAUGACACUUAUUCAUAUAUCAAAUUAAUCAAUUUUAUUCGUCGCAAGGACAUUUUACCAGAACUACUGAGUACACUAGAUGUAGAGGCUUGGGAGAAAGACGAGUAUCUAUGUCCUGUAGUGGAAGAUGAUCCAUGGUUAAUGUAUGAUAUUGAAGAUCUCAUCCAAAUUAAGAAUGUGAGUGAAGAAAGAGACAUAAAACAGAUGCAAAGUGACAAUAGCGUGACUUUAUCAAAGACACAGUAUGAAGAUAUGCAAAAAAUUAUCAGAUCACUUAAAUCUCAGCUAAAGGAAAGUGAGACAACAUGUUUUCUACUAAAGCAGCAAAUGGAGGAGAUGAAAGAAAAGGCUCAGAAAUUAAUACUGGGUGAUGAUUUAGACGAAAAAGAACAGAAUGUUCCAGUUAACGCUCAUAAUUCUAAUGUUGAUGAAGGCUAUUUCAAUACAUACAGUCACUUUGCUAUACAUCACGAAAUGUUGAAUGAUAAAACACGAACAGAGAGCUAUCGUGAUGCAUUAUUAACAAAUUCUAACAAGUUCCAUGAUUGUAUAAUGUUGGACGUUGGUUGCGGAACUGGUAUUCUGUCGAUGUUUGCGGCAAAAUCUGGUUGCAGUAAAGUUAUUAGUGUCGAUCAGUCUGAUGUGAUAUAUCAUGCUAUGGAUAUUGUAAGAGAGAACAAUCUCAGCGAUAUAAUUACUUUAAAAAGAGGUCGUCUGGAAGAUAUUAGUAUAGGGGUAGACAAAGUGGAUGCAAUAAUAUCCGAGUGGAUGGGAUAUUUUCUCUUGUUUGAAGGAAUGCUGGAUACAGUUAUUUAUGCUAGGGACCAUUAUUUGACGCCUGGUGGAACAAUUCUUCCAAACAGAUGUACAAUUAGUAUUGUGGGAAGUAGUGACACAAAGAGAUAUAUUGAGUUGGUUGAUUAUUGGUCAAAUGUAUAUGGUUUUAAAAUGAGCUGUAUGAAAGCGGAAGCAUUGCGUGAACCCAGUAUAGAGAUCUGUAAUGUUGAUCACUUAAUAACGAGCAUCGCCGAGAUCCAAGCCUUUGACUUAUACAAAGUCACUACGGAUUGCAUCAAUUUUUCGUCUCCUUUCACAUUGAAUGUGAAGAAAACAGGAUCAUUAACCGCAAUAAUCGGUUAUUUCGACAUUUUCUUUGAUCUCGACAAUCCGAUUCAUUUCAGUACAGGUCCCUGUUCUACUCCGACACAUUGGAAACAAACGGUAUUUUCUUUAAGCGAACCCAUUAGUAUAACUGAAGGUGAAGUUAUAAACGGCACAUUAGUCUGCCGAAGACACUGUAACAUCCGAGGCUUAAUGGUCAUUAUUCAUAUCAAAAAUUUCUCUCAGACGUAUUUUCUGGAUUAAACGUUGAAUAUGCCAAGAUACUAAUAGUCGCAUGU